UGUUUCCUGUGUACGUACAUGCCCCGUCUCCUACAUACUCUAUGGUAAAAGACUUUCUAACCCGAUCUCUGUGGUACGUGAACAACCGGUGUCAUGGCGGCUCCCUGCAGGCUAAAGUCUAUGCUGGCUCUGGUGACAGGAGGAGGAAGUGGAAUAGGACGGGCCAUCUGUCAGAGACUUUCUGUGGAGGGUGCUUCAGUGGUUAUUGUUGACCUGGAUAAAGCUGCAGCUAAUGCUUCACUUCAAACCCUUUCACGUAACCUUUCAGGACAAGAGCAUGCAGCAUUUGCAACAGAUGUUUCACAGGCAAACCAUGUCAAUUCUCUUAUGAAAAAAAUACAGGGCCAGUACUCCCUACCUCCACGCAUUGCUAUCAGCAGUGCUGGAAUCACAAAAGAUGAGUUUCUUCUCCGCCUGUCAGAGGAAUCAUUUGACUCUGUGCUGAAUGUCAACUUAAAGGGUCCUUUUCUUAUUACUCAAGCUGUGGCUCGGGCAAUAGUAGCUAGCGGACAAAAUGGAGGUUCAAUUAUUAACAUUGGAAGCAUUGUGGGGAAGGUGGGAAAUCUCGGGCAGUCUAAUUAUGCUGCAUCUAAAGCUGGAGUAGAGGGUCUGACCAAGAGUGCAGCAAAAGAAUUGGCCAAGUUUGGAAUUCGCUGUAAUACUGUGCUACCAGGAUUUAUCUCCACACCCAUGACAGACAAGGUUCCACAGAAGGUUUUAGACAAGUUUGCAGGAAUGAUUCCACUAGGCAGACUUGGUGAUCCUGAAGAUAUUGCAGAUGUUUGUGCAUUUUUAGCAUCGGAUGACAGCAAGUACAUCACAGGAGCCAGCAUUGAAGUCACUGGAGGACUGUUUCUUUAAUUCUGUUCCAGGCUAUUUUUGUUUGAUUAGUGCUUUCCAGACUGAAUGUAUUAAUGUUCACAACAAAAUAAGUAAAAUGAAAGCUACAAUAAAGUGAAUCUUUAAUCGGUCAAUU